AUGAUGAAAGACUUAAUGUCCCGGAAAUUUGACUUCCAAGACUUGGCCACGGUGACACUUACUCAGACGUGCAGUGCAGUGGUAACUAGACCUGUUGCUGAAAAGCUCUCUGAUCCAGGGAGUUUUACUAUUCCAUGCACUAUUGGAAACUUUGCUUUUGCGAAAGCACUCUGUGAUUUAGGGGCCAGCAUUAAUCUUAUGCCCCUGGUCAUUUACAAAAGGUUGGGCAUUGGGAGAGCUAGACCCACCUCUAUGUUGUUGCAGCUGGCUGACAGGACUGUGAAGCGUCCAUUUGGGAUCCUUGAUGAUGUACUUAUUCAGAAAUCUAUGAGGCGACCAAGUGAGUUCGCCAAUUUCUCUCUUAUUGAUGUCGUGGAUGUAAUCGUACAGUCUGAUGAUGAAGUAUUGACAGUUGAGGAUCCCCUCGCUGCAUGUUUGACGAAUUUGGAGAAAGUGAAUGGUGAGGACUUGGCGGAAUGCGUGUUGGCACUGGAAG